AUGAAUAGGAAAGGUAUUCACUUGCAGAUACUAUCUGAAGAGGCCAAAUGGCUAGAUCAGCGCUAUUCAGUUGUGAACAGCGUCUACCCUUCAUCCUUCCAACCAGCUCGGCCGAAGAGAGACAGAGCUGGACAGACAGAAAGAGAGUGCGAGAGAGAGCGAGUGAUUUUAAAGGGACAGGACAACUUUAAAAUUUCAACGCGCACACCUUUCUGCCUUACUGUUGGCCGGCGAACGGCUUGUCUUAUGGCCGCCCCGUCCCGGGGUCUCGUGGUCUAUCGCUGGCUUAAACAUUUUCAAACUGGCCUUUAA